GUAGGACCUCGCUUCGCGCGCUGUGCACUUCCUGCCCGACAUUAUAGUAUAUACCUACAAAAGUGGGUACGGUGGUGGCAUUGUUUGUUAGUGCGUACAAAUGAGAAGUACCUAAAUUGUAAUAAAUAUGCAAUAAAACAACCGUCCUGAAGACGAAUUGGGAUAGGAUCAAUAUGUAGAGCUGCCGACACGAAGAAGGAAAAUGAAAGAGGGCGGUCGCGAGGAGGAGUCGACCAACGCGACGGAAGCGGCACCGGGCCCGGGCGUGCGCACCGAACACACCUGUUGCUGCCUCGGCGUGUUAGUGGGCGUCUCGCUCAUUGCCGCCCUCGUAGCAGUGAUACUGAUGAAGGAUAGCACAAUCGAAGUUACAGUGUUACGACAAGUACACGUGUUAAUGUCCCAUGGAGAACGCACACCUAGCGAGCUCGAGCUAGCCAUGCUUGGAGCACCUCCACCUGAACAUGUUUUCGCUCCCUAUGGUGCUGGAGCUAUGACAAACGAAGGGAAGAUGUUGACAUUCGAAAUGGGCGCAUUACUUAGGAAGAGAUAUAAUGAUUUUCUAGGACCUUAUUACAAUCCUGGGAAUAGUAUAGUAAUAGCGUCUGACACAGGACUUAGCAAGAUGACAGCCUUAUUGAUAUCUGCGGGUCUUUGGCCACCGCCGGCUGAGCAGAUUUGGAAUGAAACCGUUCUGUGGCAACCAGUGCCUUAUACUUAUCCACAUCCGGAUCAGGACUAUCUUUUAUAUGAAGAGAACUGUCCUCGAUACAAACAAGAGAAGGAGAGAAUACUAAAGGCGUUUACGGAAGAAGGUUUUUUGGUGCCGUAUCGGGAUUUCUUCCACAAGAUAGCUCAGCUGACUGGGACGAACUUUAGUACACCUCAGGAAGCGUACUACCUAAACAACUUAUUUCUGAUACAGGACGAUAUUAAAGUAGCUAAUCCGAAAUGGGCAAAACACGUGAAACGAAAACUGAUGGACGUGGCUAGACUGGAGUAUUCGAUGAUGUUUCAUAACAACCUUUUAAGGAAACUCAGUGGUGGAAGUCUACUUCAGCAGAUAAUAAAAGAAGCCGUAACUAACACUAAGGAUGCAUCGAGCCCGCGUGUCAUAGUGCGUACAGGGACGCCGGUGUCAGUUGCAGCGUUGUUAUCUGCAUGCGUUGCCCCGCCCCCACGUUUGCCUGAUCCUGGCGCCGCAUUACUGUUUGAGUUGCACGAAAGGUUACCUUCUCCUCAAGGCAACAAAGAUCAUACUACAUUGACUGAUGGACAGCGGUUCGGAUUUAAGAUAUAUUACUGGGAUGAUGAUUCUGCUGAACCUCGACUGAUGGAGGUUCCUGGCUGUAAUGCUUUCUGCCCCUUAGAAACAUUAGAGGAGCUGACAAAAUAUAUAGUUUCCAAUGAUUAUAAAAAAGACUGUGCACUAAUGCCUGCCGUGUAGCUUAGAUUGAUUUGUAAACGUAGUUUAGUGAUGUUUAAACGAAUGGAUUAAGGCUGUGGUUAAUUAAAAGUGAAAUAUGGAGUGAUUGAAAUUAAGUGUGUAGUUAUAAUUCAUGUUUGCUA